UGUCAUAGAUGAACACGCUAUAGGGCGUGGCAAUGGAAAGUGUAUGUGUAAAUCAUUCUAGCUUGUGACAGCACCAAGACAACAUGGAGCCGACCGCAGUAGCCAGUUUUGUGGACUCGAAAAUACGUGAAAGCCAGGCGGGCUUACUUACGCAGCUUGAUACUCUUAUUACUAAUAAACUCGGGGCUUUUCAGCAACGCAUCAGUGACACUCAACGUGAUUUGAGUGAGGCUCAAAUCGCAAAGAUUGAAGAUAUGAGCAAGGAUCAAUACAAAUUUCGCAAACGCGGCAACGAAGAACAGUAUAAAGUUAACGUGAAGGUUACGAGGAAACUCAAGGAGGCUGACGCAAUUUUGAAAGAUGAUGACAUCACGGGAAAAGCUGAAGCGCAACUGAAAAUCAGUGAAGGUAUUCAGAUUAUAGAGCACAGGCAGAAACUGAUUAAAAUAGCGGACAGUUCAGAUGGGGGCUGGAACACGGUUGAUGAAUACGAGAAGAACAGUUUGGCGGCAGAUUCCGAUGACGAGAAGCGUCUUAUUCGUGCAGAAUCGCGAGCUCAGCGGAAGAAAAAGAGCAGGGACUUAGGAAGGAAGAAACCAUUCGUUUCUAGAUUCACGCCUUAUAAAUCAGCAUACGUGGGCAGAGGUUCGAGCAUCAGCACAAGUUUUGGACCACCUUUGCAGUCACAGGAGCCGCCGAGAGCUACGCGUUUGUUCGCUGGCAGGAAGCCUGGCUCGUGUUUCGCCUGUGGCAAGGCGGGGCACUGGAGGGCUGAGUGCAGAGAGAUGGGCGGUGAUGCCUCACAGAAUGCAAAGUUAAGUGAAAAUUAUCUCACAUUAAAUUUGACAAAUCGUGCCUCAGAGGCCAUAAAGAAAGCUUUGUUUGUUGGCACUUCAAAAUGUGCAGAUACAGUGUCAUCUCCUGUAGGGAGAUUACGUGAAAACCUUGAGUCUUGGGCAAAUAUAAAUGCUAAUGAGGUGGUAAUGGAUGUGAUAGAGCAUGGAUAUAAAUUGCCAUUUUAUUCUGAUCCAGAAAGAGUGGAUUUGAAAAAUAAUCGUUCGGCAUUAGAUAAUUCUAAGUUUGUUGAAGAAGAGAUCAGUAGAUUGUUAGAGAAAGGUUGUGUUUCACAGGUUAAUGAGAAUCCCUUGAUCAUAAAUCCUUUGACCGUAUCUGAUAACAAGGGUAAAUUACGUUUGGUAUUGGACUGUAGGCAUAUUAAUCCUCAUUUAUUUAAGGAUAAAUUUAAGUAUGAAGAUUCAACUGUUGUGGCAGAUAUUUUUGGAAAAGGUGAUUUUGUGUUUACAUUUGACCUUAAAAGCGCUUACCAUCAUGUCGAAAUUAUUGAGGAACAUAGGCGGUAUUUGGGUUUUGCAUGGGAAAGUAAUGGUGUAAGGAAAUUUUAUGUUUUCAACGUAUUGCCAUUUGGUAUUUCGACGGCAGGAUAUGUAUUCACGAAGGUCAUGAAGACAGUUGUAGGUCAUUGGAGGGAGCAAGGGCAUAAAGCAGUACUUUUUCUGGAUGAUGGUAUUGCUGGUCAUGGGGAUUUGGAAGGGGCCAGAUUGUUGAGCGUAAAAGUUCAAAAUGAUCUCAAAAGUCUAGGUUUUCUUCUUGCGGAAGAUAAGUGCAACUGGGAACCGAAUCCUUGUGCAACAUGGCUCGGGCUUGAUUGGGAUUUUCAAAAUGAUGUUGUGAAGGUAUCUACUAGAAGAAUUGAUGAUUUAAAGGUGGCGAUUAAAUAUUUAAUUGAUAAAGUUCAGAAUCUCAAUGCGAGUUUGAUACCAGUUCGACUGUUAGCAAGUAUUCUGGGUAAGAUUGUUUCUAUGCAUACAGUGAUGCAACAUUUAGUACAGUUAAUGACAAGGGAAGCAUUUAAGUGUGUGAAUAGUAGAGCCAGUUGGAACGCUUAUGUUUUGAUAACACCAAAUGUGCUGAAGGAAUUGUUCUUUUGGAGAGACAAUAUUGAUAUUUUGAAUAGUUCUUCCAUUUCAGGGGUAGUAAUGUAUGACCGUUCGGUAUAUACAGAUGCUUCUGGUUUUGGUUAUGGAGGUUAUGUCGUAGAAUGUGAAAAUUCAGAACUCAUGGGAGUUUGGUCAGAAUCUGAGAGGAUUCAAAGCUCCACCUGGAGGGAGCUGGAAGCUGUUGUGAGAAUGGCUUUAUCUUGUAAAAGUAGCCUGGAAGGGCAUAGUGUACGGUGGUACACCGAUAAUAAAAAUGUGGCAAAAAUUGUGAAUGCAGGCAGUAGAAAUUCUGUUCUGCAAAGUAAAGCAAUGGAGAUUCGCAGAAUAUGUGAAGAAACAGGAAUGAAGAUUGACCCGGUUUGGAUACCGAGGACUGAAAACAAAUGGGCCGAUCAUUUGAGUAGGACGGCUGAUAGUGAUGAUUGGCAUAUAAGCUGGAGUUUAUUUCUACAACUAGAUGCUAGAUGGGGUCCGCAUGAAGUUGAUAGGUUUGCGUGUAACUAUAAUGCUAAAUGUGAAAGGUUCAAUUCAAAAUGGUGGUGUAGAGGGACAAGUGGUAUUGACACUUUUUGCCAAAGUUGGACAGAUGGUCUAAAUUGGUGGGUACCACCACCCCGUUUGAUUGCUAAAACUGUGGAUAAGUUGUUUCGGGAAAAAGCAAAUGGCUCUUUAAUUCUGCCACUUUGGAGAUCUGCGCCAUAUUGGUCGAAGGUAUGGAAUGGGUCGGAAUUCUAUUAUUUCAUUAAAGAUUAUGAGAUCUUGAAUUCUGAUGUUGUCAAGAAAGGAAAAGGGAAUAAUGGAAUAUUUGGCAGCAAGAAGAGUAAAUUUUCCAUGAUAGCGCUCAAAGUACGUUUUUAGUUGUGUUUCAUAUUUAUUUUUUCCAGAUCUAGGUGUCCAGGAGAGAAUUCAGGGAGAGAUCGAGGCAGCUGGGAUUAAAUCGGACAAGUUUUCUGAGCUUUCCAGGAUUAUGGCUCAGCAGAUGUUGGACGCUAAGAGUGAAAGCACUACAAAGAGGUAUCGUUCGGGUUUUGAUAGAUGGAAGACAUUUAUUUUAGCGGAAGGAGGUGAUCCUUUACCAGCACAGCCGAUUCAUGUCGCUUUAUACAUUUCUAGUUUAAUGAAUCAAGGGUCUUCAGUCAGUGUUGUGCAAUCCGCUUUAUAUUCAAUUAAAUGGGCACACAGUAUGAUUGGAGCAAGUGAUCCUACUGAAAAUUCUUUUGUUAAAAACUUGAUGGAGAGCGCAAAAAGACAAUCAUCGAAACCGGUUGUGAAGAAGGACAUAGUGACAUCUGAACAAAUCAUUGAAUUAUGUGAAAAAUACAAAGGGAGUAAAGACAUUGUAGUGUGGAGAGAUCUCGCUUAUAUAGUACUUAGUUAUUCUGGUUUUUUGAGAUCUGAUGAAGUAUUAUCUUUAAAGGGAGCUGAUAUUGAAUUUCAGGGAGAUUUUAUGUUAAUUCAUAUCCGUAAGAGCAAAACGGAUCAAUAUCGUCAGGGUAAUUCUGUUGUAAUUAGUAUGGGGCAGACGAGUGCUUGUCCUGUUAGCGUCUUGAAAACUUAUGUUGAAAUGGGGAACAUAAAUGUAGCUUCAGGGUCUGAUGAGUAUGUUUUUAGACCAUUGUAUUGUAACAAAGGAAAAAAGGGGCUAACAAAGAAAAACAAGCCCAUUAGUUAUACAAGGGCCCGUGAAACAGUUUUGGCCCGGUUACGAGAAGUUUGCGGUACUGCAAAUUUAGGUCUUCAUUCUUUAAGAGCUGGUGGAGCUACGGCAGCGGCCAGGGCUUCGGUACCAGAUAGGAUGUGGAAGAGGCAUGGAAGGUGGAGAAGCGAAAAGGCCAAAGAUGGCUAUGUUGAAGAUAGUAUGGAGCAUAGGCUAUUGGUUUCUAAAUCUUUACAUUUGUAGGAUAAACAUGUAUAUACAUGUGUUUCAUAUGGUUAUGUUUUAUUUGGGUUAACAAGGUAGUCGUCUGAAAAAUCAUCAAAGAUAAUAAUAAUAUUUGGUGGGAGUAUGGUCGGAAAUUUUUGAUGUACAUAUUAGAUGACGAUAAAUCUAAUUUGUUUUCUGUGGCAGAGUUUAUACACGAGCACUACGAUAAUGUCUAAAUUUGUACGAAAAUCAGUAUAGAACAUUUUAGAUAUAAAUGUUUAAUUUGUUUUCAUAUUUUAAUAAUUGCCUUUAAAAAUGAAAUUUUUUAGGCUAAGGAUUAUUUAUUUUGUUAAAUUGGUAUUGCUGCAGAUACAAUUGAGUAACUAUUAGGUUUUUUCGUGAAUUUCCUCAAGCUCGUUAUAGCUUUUGUUCCCGUUCUUUGAAAUUCUAGUCGUCCCACAAGCUAUCCCUCAAUAUAUAUUGUAUAUUGUGUAUUUUGUUUUGGUUGGUUGGGAGGGAUGGAAGUAUAAUGUAGGAGUGUAGAGAAAUGGCGUUUUUUGUUUCGGAUGUUUGUAAGAUGUUGAUUUAAUAGAGAAGACUAUUAUUUGCCUGCGGUACGUUUGUAUAGCAGGCAAAUGUUGUUUUAUCGUUUUAAUGUAUUCAUUCUUACGCCGUGGUCCGGCGCCUUGAUUGAAAGGAAGAAUGGGCACAAUGGUAUGCAUGACAGGUGUCAUAGAUGAACACGCUAUAGGGCGUGGCAAUGGAAAGUGUAUGUGUAAAUCAUUCUAGCUUGUGACAGCACCAAGACAAAUUUAUCAUAUUGUUAUAUAAAUUUGCUUUAUGCAUUUUAGUUUUGGGCCUGGGGGUUUUCAGAGUUUUUUAGCUCAUUGAGUUUUAUCUAUGUUUUUUCAUCCUGGGCGUACACAUUCAUUCGUAUAAGAUGAGCGAAUGUGAUUGACCAAUCAUUUGUUUUUGAGGAUAAAUAUGUAUGAGCAUUUGUAUCAAUGAUUCGAUGUUAUUUGUAUAUGUUCUCGUUUGUGUUUCACGACAACUUGGCAAGUAAAAUGGUCGACUCUAGUCGUCCCACAAGGGGGGUUUUGCAAAAGUCUCUCACAGUUUUUCCAGAGUUUUUUGCUCAUCGAGUUUUACCUCUGGUUUUUUCAACUGGUCUGACUUGUCGCAUAAUAUAGGAUAAGAGGUCGGUUCAUUUGUCACUGUUACUCUACAAUACACGAUGUAUGUUAUGUCAUUAUAGAUUCCUAAUAUCUAUCAAGAACGGUGUUCUGCAAGUUCGAUAUUUGUUUUAUCAUGUACAAUAAAAACGGUCGGUCGGCUCCUAGUCGUCCCACAAGCUAUCCCUCAA